UUGGCAGUGUGAUUGUCAAUUGCUGAUCAUGACGCGCACACGGCGGCACACGCACCUGCCGCUUGUGGUUUGUCUUAUCCUCUGCUAUUCAGAUGCUCAGCGAGUGUUCAGAAUUGAUCCGCACAUUGGGAGCCUGAACGGAGCAACAAGAAUCACCAUAGAAGGGGAAGGUUUUGCUCAGGAAAAUCAGUUCUCUCUGAACCCUGAUGAUGCAGACUUUGGAAACAGUGUGACUCUGGUGUCUAAGACCAGAUCCAUCCCGUGUGAUGUGGAGCGAGACUCCACUCACAGCAAUCAGAUCUUGUGCUACACAAGAGCGAUGCCCAAGGAUGACUACCACAUCCGCGUCAGUGUGGACGGUGUGCCUAUUCCCACCAGCCGAAUGUGCAAUGGGUGGUACACCCACUACAUCUGCAGUUUCUAUACGCGCUGGUGGGCUACUCCCACUAUCUGGAGUACGAGUCCAAGCACAGGAUUACCAGGUUCUGUGAUUACAACGAGAGGGAGGAUAUACACUGAUGUCUAUGGCAGCAACACUGACGUCAGCACCAAUGGCCUCAAUGUCAGGUUCCUGAGGGCCUACAUGGGUGGGAUGCCUUGUGAGUUGCUAAAGCCAAACACUGAUGAGCUGUAUGGUCUGACGAUGGACUCUGAGACAAGCCAAUGGGGAUACAUGAGUUGCGCAAUGACUGGAACAUACAUUGGUCAUCAUAACCUGAGUUACAUUCUGGACAGUCAAUAUGGAAGGAGUUUGCCUGAAAAUAACGUCUACUUUGUCUCAGGCUUGAACAAACUCUCCAUGUUCCAGACAUAUGCAGAGGUGACAGGAGUGUCCCCCUCUAAGGGCAGUGUGCUUGGUGGAACCUUGCUGACCAUCCACGGACAUCACUUUGAUGAAACUGACAUGCCAGCAGCUGUUACGGUCGGAGGCCAGAGAUGUGAGGUGGUGAGCGUGACUGAUGACAAGAUUGUAUGCAGAACACCUGAGUACAGGUGGACCAACAUGACAGUCUUUCCAGGUGGCAGAGGUAUGAAGAUGGAACUGUGGAACAAAUCUAUUCCGCGCAACCUGGAGGACGUUAUGAACUACAACUCCAGCUGGCCAGACCACCAGGGUGGCUGGGUUGACUCCCUCACACACACCUACCCCAUUGAGAUCCUUCGCUUUGUCUCCAAGAUGACUGGCUUCUUCGUGCCCAUGGAGACUGACCACUACAGGUUCUUCAUUAAAGGAGACGACAAAUACCAACUGUACUUCAGUCUCACUGGGCGUCCUGAGGAUAAGGUACUCAUUGGAUACCGGACCGGCUUUACCAACAGCUUCUUCUCCUCAGACUCACAGGCUUCCUCUGUCAUGCAUCUGGAGAAGGGAAAGGCGUACUAUCUGGAGGCCCUCCUGCAAGACUGGGGCGGUCCAGGCUGGAUCCAAGUUGGUGUGUUUAAAUGGAAGAGCCCCUUCACCUACGAGCAAGCCUAUGAAGCUGUGGAUGAGAGACAGGUUCUCAACGCCAGAUACGACGUCUUAGAAGAGAAGCAGGUGUUGCGUUUUGAUGGCUGGGGCUCAGAGGAGACUCCAGUGAUGGAGGUCCAGCAGGUGACCGUGAGCAGUACCUGCUUCUCCUUGGGAACCUGUGACUCCACCUUCUACACCUUGGGUUACGGAGAACACAAGACAGGACCCAUUGCAGUGAGUGCAUCAGCUGACCAGGUUGCAGCCGCUCUGAAUGGCCUGUGGUCGAUUAAACCCGACUCUGUUACGGUCACCAAACAGGAUCUCGGCACAGAAGCAGAGUACACCGUGACCUUUGACUCCAACAGAGGUGAUUUUGAAAGCCUAGACUCAUGGCGUAUGGGGGGCAAUGUGAACGUGUCUGUGACUGAGGUAACCAAGGGAGUGGCCAGUCUGGAGACGUUCACUCUGCUCUGGGGGGGAGUCCCCUCCACCCCCAUCUCAUUCAACGCCUCCGAGGCAGAGGUCCGGGGUGCCCUUGAGGCUAUGCUGCACGCUGAAUGCCCUGCUGAGGUGCUGGCUAUGGAGAGCUUCAGGGUGAAAUACCACAGAGACUAUGAGGAUGAACACACUGGGUUCUCUAAGGACAAUCUGGACAAAAGGGGGACACUGGUUAUGGACACUGAAGCCUUCUGUGGACGUUGGUCACUGAUGAACCCUGAGAUCCUCUUCAUGUCGUCCGACACCAAGGAGUCUGGGGGGACGUACGGAGCAGUGAACCUCGAACAGGACGACACGCUCUGCUUUGCUUACAAAGGAUAUAUGAAGAGUGAAGUGGGAGUCAAGUUCUCUUACAAAGACAAUAAAGGUGCCACACAAACUGUCACCGCCCAAGUUCCCCUAACACCUAAUCAGGAUCCAGGCUGGCACUACACAUGUGUUAACCUGAUGACCUCGCUGCAGACUAAGCACAUCGGUACCAAUUACAAGAUGACAGAACUACAUCUGUCCAGGGCUACAGUAGGGGAGGAGUACUAUGUGGAUGCUGUUCAUCUCGGGAGAGAUGUUACUGUGUUUGAUAACAUGGUUCUCCAGAGGAGAAGGCCACCUGCCCUCGCUCAGUGGGGCCAGAUCAUCAACAUCCUCAGUGUGGUCAAAACUACAGUGGGGUCAAGUGUCAGCUACGAGAUCUCUGCCUCACCCUUCAACUGUGCCUAUGGCCUACCUCUGAUGGAGGUCGGCUUUCUGCAGGGAAUUUCCGGUAAUCUGUCAGACAGUGUAGCGUACACACAGGGCGGUGCCAAGGUGACCAUCACCCGUACCCAGAGUGCCAGCCCCCCUCUGAAUGGCACCUUCGACAUUGAGAUUUACGGACGGCGUGUUGAAGGCCUGCCAGUGGAUAUAUCAGCACAGGAUCUGAAGUACGCGCUGCAGUCCAUUCCAGAAAUGGGCUCUGUGGACGUCACAAGGUCAGGAGACUGCAAAGCUUACAAGUGGCUCAUCACCUGGCUGAGCAAUCCUGGACGUCAACCUAUUCUUCAGGUGAACGCCUCAGAUGUCACUGGAGUUAAUCCACAGGUGUAUGUCAACGUCAGAGAUGAGGGAGGCCUGUUCAUGCAAAGCAUCAGGGGAGAUAUGCUACGUGUCCCAGAAUCCAAACCACAGGUGGAGGUACUAAUCAACGGCAUCGCAUCCAAGUGCUCAGGAGACUGUAGCUUUGAGUGGAGCGAAGACAAGACCCCACUGGUGACUGGCAUCUCCCCCUCACAAGGAUCGAGCAAUCUUGGGACAGUUCUGACCAUCAGUGGGUCUGGUUUUGAUGACGCGAAUGCUACUGUUUGGAUUGGACACACAGAAUGCACCGUAACCCAAGUUACUGACACUCAGGUGACCUGCAGCGUUGGCCCUGCUCCUGCUGGCACUUACCCUGUCAUCCUGAGCCUCCCUGGCCUGGGACAGGCACGUUACCAAGGAGACCAGCCUUUCAACUUCACCAGCCAGCUCAGCGUCUCCUCCGUGUCUCCGAUCGCGGGCAGUGUCACUGGUGGCACAGUCCUCACGGUGGAAGGGUUCGGCUUCGGCUGGGGCACAGAAGUGACGAUCGGCUCAGAGACGUGUGAGGUGCUGGAGGUGAACCUCCACAUGGUCACGUGCAGAGUUCCCCCGGGCUCACUGGGAGCCCAGAGUGUGACCGUGACCAUUGGGGACAUGAGCCAAGUGGCAUCGCAGACCUUCACCUACAGCGACAGCCUGACCGCCACAAUCACCAGCAUCAGCCCACAAACCACCAGUGUCAGUGGGUCUAUUGUAGGUCUCAGACUUCUCGUCGUGAUGGGAACAAACUUUGGGGUGCGGGGCAAUGACACCCUGGUGUUUGUCGGCCAGAGACAGUGCGAGGUGGUAGAGUGGAACACUACUGCCAUCACCUGCAUCCUGCCCUUCCUGCCCCCAGCCAUGUAUGAGGUCAAUGUCCAGAUCGGCAACCUGGGAUUCCCCACAGUCAGUGCUGGAGUGAACCCCACGGUACAGUACGUGCUGGAGGUGUCCAGUGUUACCCCACUGCUCGGCUCUCUGUAUGGGGGUUCCCAGCUGACCAUCUCCGGCUCAGGAUUCAGUGCCAACCUAGAGGAUAACCGUGUCAUGCUGGGAGACAGAAGCUGUAGAGUUACAGCAGCAUCGGCGCAUGAGAUCCAGUGUGUAGUUGAGUCAGGGGCGAAAACACACACCAUCACCAACCAGGGCUCACACCCAAGUCACGGAGAGGGGUAUGCAUGGAGCCCUGCGGCGGCCCUGGCCACAGUGGGGGACACGGUGGUGUGGCGGUGGGAGGCCCCGGCCUUCCUCCAGGACGUGGGUUUCAGGGUGUUCAGCGUGGCCAGCCCCAGCAGCACCACCCCCGACGGGCGUGCCUUCACCAGCGGAGACGCCAAGACUCCCAGUGGAUUGUUCCGCUAUCAGUUCACAUCCCCCGGGGUCUACUACUACAGCAGUGGCUUCGUGGACAGCACAGAUGAAAAGAGCCUGCAGGGGGUUGUGACUGUUAGAGACGUCAAGGAGAGUCGUCCAGAACUGUACGUCACUGUGGGAGGAGUCACAGCUAUGAGUGGACCAGCUAUGCGUCGAGUGAGCAGGGAUGUAGAGGAGUGUACCACUGCCCCUAACUGCCCCGAGCCUACCCCUUCUAACGGCACCUCUUUCAGCUUCUCCCGCUGUGCCAGUCCCACUGUGCAUGCCAUCUCACCCUCCAGCGGCCAUGCCCACGACUUCAUCCACAUCCAGGGCAUGGGCUUUGGAUCCCAAAGCUGUGCCAUCGAGGUGAUGGUUGGAGAUCAUUCAUGUCAAGUGGUCAACAGCACUGAGUCCGAGAUCUACUGCCAGCUUAGCACAGACAGUGGUGCUGAGAUUGGCACCCCACUUCCCGUCACCGUCCGGGUGAACAACCUGGGCACUGCCAUCAACACAGCGCCCAGCGAGUUCGACCGGCGCUUCGUGGUUCUGCCCGUGGUGGACUCUGUGAGCCCGUCGAGUGGCAGCGUCACUGGACACACCAAGCUGACCAUCACCGGUUCUGGGUUCUCAGAGAGUGUAGCUGUGACAGUGGAUAGGCUCCAAUGCCAAAUGUUGUGGGCAAACUACACCACAGUCAUGUGCCAGACGUCCCCGUCCACCACUGGUCCCCGAAGCGGGUCAGUGGUCAUCCACAUGGGCUCCAUCGCUUCCACGUGCGUAGGCGACUGCACCUUCACCUACUCCGCAGAGCUGGCACCGCAGGUGUUUGGCGUCAACCCCAACACCAUCAGCGGCAACCUGACGACUGUGGCGGUCAACGGCACCGGUUUUGGCAGUGACGCCACAGACGUCUCCGUCCACGCCGCGGACAUCAGCCUCGAGGUGACGGACGUCACCGACAGCACCAUCACCCUCUCCGUUGGGCCACUGCCCGCCGGCUCUCACCCGCUCAGCGUGGUGGUGAUGAGCCGAGGCUUGGCGUUGGGAGACGUCACCCUGACCAGCGCCACCCGGGCCACCCUCAGUCCCAACGCAGGCAGCACAGCUGGCGGCACCCCUCUGGUGCUGAUGGGUAACGGCUUCUUGCUAGGAAACACCAUGGUCCGCUUGGAUGGCGCCCCCUGCUGGAUCACGGAGGUGACUCCAGGGGAGGUGCACUGCCUGACUCCUCCUCAUAAUGCAGCACAGGUGAAGGUGCUCGUGGAGGUCCUGGGGGUGCAGUACCCAGCACUCACCUUUAGCUACUCACAGGCACAGACACCUAAGGUCACCGGUGUCAGCCCUGCCACAGGACUCAGCAACACCGUCAUCUCGCUCACCGGCACAGGCUUUGGGUCUGACGCCAGUCUGAUCUCAGUCAAGAUCGACGGUGUCGCCUGUAUCGUGGCCACGGUGACAGACACUCUGGUCACGUGUGCCGUGGGUGAACACGCUGGAGGCACCUUUCCCAUCAUGCUUCAGCACAAGGUCAAAGGUUAUGCCACAUCCAACGUCGUAUUCAACUAUGAGCUCCAACUCACUGGCGUGGUGCCAUCUGAGGGAGGUCUUGGUGGGGGCAACAUGGUGAGAGUUGAGGGCACAGGGUUUGACCCUCGCUACUCCCAGGUGCGGAUCUGUGGGGGCGAGUGUGAGGUGAACAGAAACAUGUCCUCAUCCACUCAGCUGCACUGUCGUACUCCACCCAUCAAUGGAAGUGAUGCAACACAUUCCUGCCCAGUCACGGUGGUUAACGGCAAAGACUCCGUAAACAUAUCUGAUGGAUACAGUUACAAAUCCUCCCUGACGCCAGCCAUCACCGACGUCUCUCCUCGCAGAGGGGGAACUGCCGGCGGCACGAGACUGACAAUCACCGGCUCCGGUUUCAGCCCUAACAGCGGUAAAGUUAGUGUGACAAUCGCAGGCUCUGUGUGUGAUGUGAUGUCUGCCAACGACACCACCAUCAUCUGUGUUACCAACGCCCAGGCCCGAUCUCAGGAGACCAAAGUCCGCGUCGAGGUCGGAGACAAAGGUGUUGCACUGAUGGACCAUGCAGACUUCUUCUACAUCGACGUGUGGUCCUCUCGCUACACUUGGGGUGGACUCUCUCCCCCUGAGAAGGGCUCAUUCGCCGUCAUCACCAAAGGCCAAACCAUCCUUCUGGAUACCAGCACCCCCGUGCUCAAGAUGCUCCUCAUCCAAGGUGGAAAGCUGGUGUUUGAUGAGAAGGACAUCGAGCUUCAGGCGGAGAACAUCCUUAUCACAGAUGGAGGAGCGCUGCAGGUUGGAACCGAAGAGGAACCGUUCCAGCACAAGGCCAUCAUCACUCUUCACGGAGACCUGCGCUCACCCGAACUGCCCGUCUACGGAGCCAAGACUCUGGGCGUGCGAGAGGGAGUGCUCGACCUCCACGGUAUCCCCGUCCCUGUCACCUGGACACGCCUCGCUCAGACGGCUGAAAACGGCUCAUCCACGCUGUUACUCACCCACCCAGUUACCUGGAAGAGUGGAGACCAGGUGGUCAUCGCUACCACCGGUCACAGGCACAGCCAGAAAGAAAGCGAGGUGAGAUUCAUCUCCGCCGUGUCGUCAGACGGCCGAAUGGUUGCACUGACGGAGCCCCUGGAAUACACCCAUUUGGGGGUGACCGUCACGCUGCCCGACGGGACAGAGUUCGAGGCCCGUGCGGAGGUGGGCCUCCUCACCAGGAACAUUGUGGUGCGCGGAUCAAACAACAUUGAGUGGAACGACAAGGUCGAGGCCUGUCCAGCCGGCUUUAAUACAGGUGAGUUUGCAACACAGACCUGCUUCCAGGGGAGGUUUGGAGAGGAGACAGGAAGUGACCAGUUUGGAGGCUGCAUUAUGUUCCACGCCCCCAGACCAGGAAAGAACCUGGCCAUCGGCCGAAUUGAACAUGUCGAGCUCUUCAACGCAGGACAGGCUUUCCGUCUGGGCCGCUACCCGAUCCACUGGCACUUGAUGGGCGACGUCAACUUCAAGUCCUACGUGCGCGGCUGUGCCUUGCACCAGACCUACAACCGCGCCGUGACCAUCCACAACACACACAACCUCCUGGUGGAGCGCAACGUCAUCUACAACAUCAUGGGCGGCGCCUUCUUCAUCGAGGACGGCAUUGAGACGGGCAACGUGGUCCAGUACAAUCUGGCCGUGUUCGUAAGACAGAGCACCAGCCUGCUCAACGACGAUGUCACACCCGCCGCCUACUGGGUCACCAACCCAAACAACGUGAUCCGACACAACGCCGCGGCCGGCGGGACCCACUUUGGGUUCUGGUACCGCAUGCACGAACACCCCGAUGGCCCCAGCUAUGACCCGAACAUCUGCCAGAAGCGCGUGCCCCUUGGUGAGUUCUCCAACAACACCGUCCACUCGCAAGGCUGGUUCGGCCUGUGGAUCUUCAAGGAGUACUUCCCGGUGAAGGAUGGCCACUGCAAUCGCAAGGUCCCUGAGCCAGCCGUGUUCCGCACACUGACCACUUGGAACUGUGAGAAGGGCGCGGAGUGGGUGGACGUGGGAGCGGUGCAGUUCAGCGGCUUCGUCAUGGUCAACAACGAGAAGGCGGGCAUCGAGGGGAAGCGCAUCAUCAGCGACUUCGUCGGGGACUUUGGCGAGGAGCUUGGGGCAGCGGUCAUUAACAGCACCCUGGUGGGCCACGUGGACGAGCUGAUGCUCGGCGACAACUACUGCUCGACCAGUGGGGUCAUCCUGCCGCUGGACGAUGGCAUGAGCGUCAUCUCGAGCACGUUCAUAAACUUCGACCGAAAAAGCUGCGCAGCCAUCGGCGUGGCUAGGAUUGAUGGGACCUGCAUUGACCGGUGCGGAGGCUGGGGAGCCCGCUUCUCUGGAAUCAAGUACUACAACUCGCCCAAUAAGGCCAGUUUCAGAUGGGAGCACGAGGUCAACCUCAUCGACCUGGACGGCUCCCUCACAGGCACUGUGGGCAGUAAGGUAGCCCCAGCGAGCCCCCUCUUGGACCCGUCUCUCUGCACGCCUCAUGAUGAGUGGAGCAUCGGCUUCCCCGGGCUCAUCUGUGACCCCAGCGUCCACUUCCACCGUCUGGCCUUCAACCACCCUAAACCAACUUCCCUGGAGGGCAACUUCGCCGUCAUCUCCAAUGGCUUUGGGGCAAGCAUGGUUCCGUAUUUGAAAAAGAGGAUGACUCACCCGCUGGGCUGGAUGGCCAUGCUUCCGUCUGGACAGACAUACAACUGGUACUUUAAUACUUUGGAACAGCUCACCAACAUCUCAUAUGACGCCACCUUCUAUGGAUUCAAGCACGAUGAGUUCAUCAUCAUCAACCACAAUCUGACCCAGAGUCCAGACAGUUUCAAUAUUAUGGACAAGCGAAAUGGCUCCACCGCCCCUCUGACCAACGCUGCUAAUGUGAAUGGAGACUGGUAUUUCAAUAAGGACACCAAUAACGUGUACUACAUAAUCUCUGGGAAAGACAGUCAAAGCAGCCGCAGACGCCGCUCCAGUGUGGACCCCCAGGAAUUGGACAGAAACGUGUACUUCCAGGUGUUCAACUGCUUCUACCCCAAAUGCCAGGCCCCAACACCGCCGCCCCCAGCAACACUGGCCCCGCUGCCCACAGGAAGACCAGAUGACUCCAAGGACUGGUCCGAUGAGUCCUUCUGGAAGUCCUCUGCAGAGAACAACUUCACUGUGCCUUCUGCAGGCUCUAAUGUGGUUAUUCCAACAGGCGCUUGGGUGGUGCUGAAUGGGGACACCCCUGCUCUGAACAAGCUGACGGUGAAGGGUGUGCUGGAGAUCCGCGAUGGUGGCGGCUCUCGCUCUCGCCGCUCCACUCCCAACAAGAUCGUCCUGGACGCAACCUACAUUUCCAUUCAGGGUGGGCGUCUGAUUGCUGGCUCGGAGGACAAGCCUUUUACUGGUGAACUGGACAUUGUCCUGAGGGGAGAUCACUACACCCCCGACUGGCUGCUGCCCAAUGGCCCCAACCAGGGCUCCAAAGUGCUAGGUGUGUUUGGCACUCUGGAACUCUAUGGAAAGCCCCACAAUGUCUGCCACUCCAAGCUGGCAAGCACAGCCGAAGCUGGCACAAAUACACUCACUCUCCGCCGAGCUGUAGACUGGCAGGUUGGGGAUGAAGUGGUCAUCUCCACCACCAGCUAUGACCCGUGGCAGACAGAGAAGAGGACCAUAGCCGCCAUCUCUGAUAACCUCAAGACACUCACACUGAGCGCGCCGCUUACACACACUCACCUUGGGAAGACCUACAGCAUCAGUGGUUCCUCAAGGACCUACACAUUGGCUGCUGACGUGGGGCUGCUGACCAGGAACAUCAAGAUCAUUGGCCACGCCCAUGCCGAGCUGUACAGCCAAUCGUUUGGCGCCCGUGUGCUGGUGGGCACCUUCUCUGAUGGAGGCAUCGACUACAGAGGAAAAGCCCAGAUAAGGAAUGUGGAGUUUUAUCACACUGGACAGGAGGGAUGGUCAGAUUACAGUGACCCUCGGUACUCCAUGGCUUUCCUCAAUCUGGGAGAGGUGUCUGAUAUGGAGUCCUACAUCCAGGGAUGUGGUUUCCAUGAUGGCUUCUCUCCUGCCAUCGGUAUCUUUGGCACAAAUGGGAUGCAGGUAGAUGACAAUGUCAUCUACUUCACUGUAGGCGAAGGUAUCAGAGUAUGGGGCAGCAACAACAUGAUCAGACGGAACCUGGUGACCAUGACUCUGUGGCCAGGGUCCUACAAGGACAGAGAGGAGGUGUUCAACUACGACUGGACAGCCUCUAUAGAGGUGAAUGAAGGCAGAAGUACGAUUCUCAUUGGUAACAUCGUUGCCGGUUAUGAAAGAUCAGGAUACCGAAUGGAUGGAGAGCCAUGCCCAGGCUCAGCAAAUCCGGUGCAGGCGUGGCAGGAUAACGAGGCCCAUGGCGGCAUCUACGGCAUCCACAUGAACAUGGAUGGCCUGCCGGGCUGCACCCUCAUCCAGGGCUUCACCAUCUGGCGCAGCUUUGACUUCGGCAUCUACUUCCAGGGCUCCAUGAGUUUGCAGAUAGCAAACGUUACUCUGGUGGAUAACGGCAUGGGCAUUAUGCCAAUCAUCUACUCCCCUCCCUCUCUGAGUCACCUUUACGAUGAGGAUAAAACUGUACAAGUUCAGAAUGCUCUAAUUGUGGGCACCAGUCCGGACUUCAACUGCUCUGACACGGUGUCCAGGCAAGACACGUACGUGCGUCUGUCCAGAGAACACGGAGCUCCUCGUCCUCCUAUGGGUGGCAGGUCUGGGAUCUGCUGGCCUGCCUUCAUCUCAAGCCAUAACGCUGGCCCCCGGAUGUCUCUCGUUGGCUCCACCAGCUACAAUGCCAUCAGCGGCCUCAUGACGGUCACCGACACAACAUUUGUGGCUUUCAGGAACGUGUGUUCAACUGAGAGGGCGGUGAUGUUCAUGACUAACCCCAAUAACGAAGACCUCCAGCACCCCAUACAGGUGAAGCGGAUCACCAUGGUCGAGAGCAGGGAGGAGGGCAAACUGCUCAUUCAUCGGCCCGACUUCAAGAAGGCGAACCCGUCCGACUGUGUGGACAUGGACUGUGACGCUAAGAAGAAGACUCUUCUGCGGGACGAGGAUGGCACCUUCCUGGGCGCUGUGGGCACCGUGGUGCCCCAAUCCGAGUACGAGUGGGACGGAGACGCCAGGCAUGGCCUGGGAGACUACAGGAUCCCGAAAGUCAUGCUCACCUACCUCAACGGCAGCCGCAUACCUGUCAAACAAAUCGCGCCCAACAAAGGUGUGAUCAGGGACUCCUCCUGCACCUACGUGCCCCUGUGGCAGAGCUACGAGUGCUUCGGCCUGAACUACCGCAUGCUCGCAAUCGAGAGUCUGGACGCCGAUACCGAGACCAGGCGCCUGUCUCCUGUGGCUGUGCUGGGAAACGGCUACAUCGACCUGAUCAACGGGCCCCAGGACCACGGCUGGUGCAAUGGCUACACGUGUCAGAAGCGUCUCUCUCUGUUCCACAGCGUGGUUGCCACUGGCAAGUCCUUUGACGUCUACUUCUCCAGCACCACCCCCCAGAAGUUGCGCCUCAUGAUGCUCAACGCCCAGCCCACAGAGGCUGUGCGGGUGGCCGUAUUCUACCAGAAACCCCAGCGUCUGGAUGUUUACGUCAACAAUAAGCUGGUGGCCCCUACCAACGCAGAGUGGAACAGCGAGAACACAGACUACACGCUCCUGAAGCCCGCAUACCCAGGGAUGUAUUUACCGGCUCUGAACUCCACCACGCAUGGGGCCAACUACUUCGACCCGGACUACAAGAUGCUCUAUGUGGUUGUGCGUGGAACUAAGCCGAUGGAGAUCCGCACCUCUCCGAAACUCUUCCUCUCUUUCAGCCUGCCCGCCAUGACCGAGGACGAGUUCUUCGGCCCCAACCUGAUCAACAACCUGGCCACGUUCCUGAAGGUGCCAGCUAGCAUGAUCCGCAUCACCAAGAUCGUGCGCGAGGACGGCGGGCUCAGGAAACGCAGGAAGCGUUCCACGGGGCUCAGCGUCGAGGUGGAGAUCAGCAAGCCUCCUGUCCAGCAGACCAACAACUCCACCAAUGAUGAGGAGGCCUUUACUGAGCUGCAGGGCAUCGCUAACAACCUGGGCCAGGCGGCCAUCUCAGGAAACCUCAGCCAGGCUGUGGGCUUCAACGUGAGCUCAAUGGGCAUCAUCCCACCGCCGCCGCCGCCCUCCGACCCCACCUGGGAGGAGGUGGCCACUGAGGAGGUGACUCGUGAGGAUCCAGUGGUAGAGAAAGUGACCAGCAUGGCAGCCCUGAUAGUGAUGAAUGAGCCCGUGGCUGGACUCACCCCGGGGCUCCUCAGCCAACAGCCCAGCCUCAUGGCUGUGGACGAGGAGGGGAGCUGUGUAGCGGUUGGGGUCACCAUUCUGACUGUGACAGCUGUGCUGAAGGACUCCAGUGGUAGCCUGGUCGACGGUCUCUAUGGAAACAUGACUAUUCGGUUCAAGGGAUGCUGGGCCAACUACACUGACCUGAGCAUCUCUGACCCAGGUGAAAAUCUGACUUUGGCUUUCACUCUGAACAUGUUCCGUGCCUCCUCCCGGUCCUUCACGGUCAAGGCAGUGCCUACCACCACAUCCAGCCCCUCCACCAACGCUUCCUGGGUCACAGAUGCCACCGCCAUCAACGGCACCGCUCCACCCGACUCCCCCGUACCCCCAACCGAAAUAAAGCCCACGGCUCCCCCAGCCCCCACCACCACCACCACACCCGAGAUCACCACUAUUGAGUACACCACAGAGGAGUCCACCACAGACGACAGUGAUUACCCCAGCGUCCUGGACGCAGCGGGCGCUCGGUCCCCCGGCUCCCUGCUUCUCCUCCUCCUCUUCAGCCUGCUCCUCACCCUGACAGUCCUCUGAGGCAGCGGUGGAGAGCACGGCAGCCAUCUUGGAUAUCGAUCAAAGCCCAAAUCAAGUGUUGUUAUGGAAAUGUAUAUUUGGGAUAGAAAAAGGCUUUUUUUUUUUUUUUUAGAAAAAAGAAAUAAAAAACACGUAACAGCAUAACCAGUAACCAUUUAACACUUUUUUUUGUUCUCUGCUGGUGAAGAUGGUGAGAAGGAUCAUUUAUUGUAUGGUACAAAUGUGAUGUUCAAAUUUUUAAAUGUAUUUAAAUACUCUAUUGAAGAAAAUGUUUGUUAAAUGGGAAAUGAAUGUUACUUAUUAUUUUGGCCAUAUUAACUAUUCCUUGGGAAACUACUUUGGGUGUUUACAGAUUUCUGCACAACUUGCACAGUUAAAUAACCUAUAUCACAAUGGUCUCAACUCAACAAUGAUGCACUUUUAGGGGAUGAGGCUGUCUAUGUAUUUUAAUUCAAUAAAUAAAUUUGCUUCUCUGGCAUAAA